AUGGCUGUCUUGCAGCAUCUUCUCUGUGGUGUGGAUUCGGCGCUCUCCUUACCCCUGCCUGUGGUCGGUUUGGUAUUGCUCGUGGCAUAUGCUGGUGCGCUGGUCGUGUACCGGUUGUGGUUUAGUCCGAUUGCGCAGUUCCCGGGUCCGAAGCUCGCGGCGGUGACAUUCUGGUACGAGUUCUACUACGAUGUGAUCCUCGGCGGGCAGUAUACAUUCCAUAUCAUGGACCUGCACAAAAAGUACGGCCCUGUCGUCCGCAUCAACCCUCGUGAACUGCAUUUUUACACACCACAGUUCUACGAGGAGAUCUACGCGGGACCGACUCGUCGGCGCGACCGGUGGGACUACUACACCAAGGGAUUCGGCAUGCCCGGCGCGGGAGCCAGCACCAAUCCUCAUGACUUGCACAAAGCACGUCGCGCCGCAUUGAGCCCGUACUUCAGCAUGCAGAGCGUCCGCAAAUUGCAGGCGGUGAUAGAGGAGAAGGCCGACAUAUUGAUGAGGAGGUUCAAGCAGUUCGGAGAAUCCGCGCCAGAGCAUCGGAAACCGGUGGAUCUGCCGAUUGCAUUCGCUGCAUACGCUUACGAUGUCGUGGUGGAAUAUGCCUUUGCCAGAAGCGACCAUCAUCUCGAGGCCGAAGAUUUCGAGCCGUGGAUGCACCAUGCCGCCAUUGGCACAAGCUCGCUAGGCCAGAUUGCCAAGAACAUGUACUGGGUUUUCUGGCUUAUUUUGCAUAUCCCAGACUGGCUGGCGAGAAGGCUGGAUCCUAAUGGUACGUCGGUCUUAGAACAACAAUGGUGUUCGGCAGUGAACGAUCUGAUAAUGACUGUUAACGUGAUAUCAGCGAGUCGGUAUUUACAAUUCAAACGCGACAUCAACACGCAAAUCGAAAACAUCCGCUCCGGAUUUAACACUGCUCACAAGACAGCUUCUCAUCCGACCAUCUUCCACGAAAUUCUGCACAGCUCUCUUCCUGAAGCCGAAAAACGCACAUCUCGGCUUGCUGACGAGGGCGCCACCGUGGUCAGCGCCGGGACCGUCACCACGGCAUGGACGUUGCCCGUGACUGUGUACUAUCUACUGUCCGAUCCAGUAAGGUUGCGCAAACUUAAGACCGAACUCUACGAGGCCAUUCCCGACCCAACCAAGUCAACUCCCUUGCCGGAACUGGAGCGACUGCCGUAUCUCACCGGUGUGAUACAGGAAGGUCUACGACUCAGCUACGGGAUCUGCACGCGGCUGGAACGGAUCGCGCCGGACGAGACGUUGGUCUUCCAUGACGGCAACAAGGCUUGGAAGAUCCCGCCUGGCACGCCCAUGUCCAUGACCUCGAUGAUGAUUCACCAGAACUCAGAUAUCUUCCCGUCGCCUCUUGAGUAUCGUCCCGAACGGUGGAUCGAAAACCCCCGCCUCGACAAGUAUCUGGUGGCCUUCUCGAAGGGAAAGAUGCAGUGUCUGGGCAUCAAUCUUGCCUAUGCGGAGCUCUACCUCAUGCUGGCAAAGUUGUUUCGCGUCUAUGGGAGCAAGGAGGUGCGGUUUGAUGGUGAUGUCGGCCGGUUAGAGUUGUACGAGACCACCCUGAGAGAUGUCCAGGUCGCAGAGGAUAGGUUCAUUCCACUGCCGCCGCGAGAUAGUAAGGGCGUUAGGGUUACUGUGGAAUGUUUCUAG